ACAAAUUAAAUUUUUAUGGCAGACGAAAAUGUAAACAAAACAUUUUUGGUAUAUUGCAAUCGUAAAAUACAAUAGUUUUAGUCGUAAGUGCGAACACAAGAAUUUUCCGAGAGCAUUUUUUGCCUUUCUAGUUUUUCUUCAAUAUCCUCUGUACAGACAACAGUGUGGGCUUUGUAUCCGUUCAGAAUCGCGUUGUAGUAUUUGUGGGGUUAAUCCAGUUCUGGUUUACCGUUUACUUUUCCAUUUUAAUUUCUUUGCGCAUGGAAUUAUUGUCACUGAAAUCGGAAUACUGACCGAGUACCGGAGUACGCGUGAUUUUUUAUUUGGAGUUGUCAAAAUCUGUCGCGGACUACUGGGAACUGCAAGCACUAAAGAUGUCGGAUGCCAGCACGGAUGCGGAUGCAGCUGUCUUUGCAGUCCGCAAACGUCGACCCAAUGCCGCAGCAAAGAGAAAAGUCACCAGCGAGGAGGCAGAGGCAGAUCUCGAAGAAGCAUCGGUGACCGCGAAUGUGCUGGAAGUUCUGGAGCAGCAGAAAUCGAGGAAGAGACCACAUGGAAUCAAUAUCGAAGACCUUGCUGGAACGGGAGCGGAACGAUUAGACAAUCAGUCCACUACGGAAGUGGAGCUUGCCAAGCUGAAGAUGCAAACUGGAGGAAUGGUCAGCUUGAAAACCGCUAGAGCCAUGGCUUCUCUACCGAAUUUGGAGUCAGGCGGACAGCACAUUGAUAUCGGUACGGAGUUUUCCGCUGAAACUCAAAGGCGAGACGAGGAUUACGACAUGAUGACCUUCAUUGAAGAGGAAAUUAUGAAGCGAAAAAUCCGUACUGGCGACCAUGAGGAGGAAAAGACAAGUUCUAGCAGUCGGAAAAUCCUACGCCCGGAGGAUGCCUUGUUGGUUGUAGCCGAACGCUAUCAAACCGACACGAAGCACCGAUCAGAAGAAAUGUUAUCACAUCAAAUGCUUUCCGGUAUACCGGAAGUGGAUCUCGGCAUUGAAGCUAAAAUCAGGAAUAUCGAAGCUACUGAAGAGGCCAAACGGCGACUGAUGCAGAAAUACCGUGAAGGCAGCCCUGGAGAUACCCGAUCUAGCAAAGUGCAGAAGGAAUCUACCGCAAUGAGUUAUGUCCAGCAUAUGCGAUAUAACUUGGACAAUUAUGUUGACCAAAGGGAAGCAAAGCCGGAUCAAGUGAAAGCUCCCAGUGGAAACAAACCUUUACCAGAACCUGUCAAGCAGCCUUCGUUACCUUCUGCAGAAGCGCUUACCGGGUCAGCUAAACCAUCUGAUGGUCAGUGUUUCGACAGAUUUAAGAAAAAUUUCAUGGAGAAGUUGGAGAAAGAUAAGAAAUCAAAGCGGGAUAAGUGAUUUUGUGGGACAAGGAAUGUGGGUUUUAACUUCCGCUAAAACUCACAGUGCAUCUGGGAUGAUUAUAACCUAUUGAGUACGGAUUCAGCUUGUGCUACACUGCUUGAUUUCUCUAGUACGCCUUUGCAGUAUUUGCUUUGUGGGUUUAAAACAAAACCAACAUUGUUGAAUUUUUAAGCAAAAUAUUUUAAUGGAUUAUCAAUGAAGUUACUUAAUUUCAUGUCACCCGUGUAAUUUUCGUACGCAGGCAGAGAUAUAAUCGAAAAUUCGAACAAAAUAAAAAAAACGACGGUAAUAACUAU